AUGGAUAACUCGUCAGGUGAAUGCGUAUCACCAUGUAAAUCACCGCCCACUUCACAGAGCUCUGUUGAGAGCAUUACAGAUGAAGUUGGUGCUUUUCAAGAGUGCUCAGAGGAGAAACAGAAUUCCUCCAAGCGCAAAUCUCCCAUGGAUCUAGCCUCACAAGGAAAACGAUAUGCUAGAAGCCCUAGUUUCUCAAUGGACUCAGACGAAGAAUCGACAACACAUGCAAUCAUAGAAGAUGCUCAUUUGAUUCGCCCUUGGGUGGACCAAUUUCAGGCAAUGUCCCGUCGAUGUCAACGCAAUGCUCUUCUUCAGCUCAUAAGCACUUGUGGAUUGCAGCAUGUGCGACAUGUUCGCCAGCUCAUAGAACCUCAUUUCCAGAAGGACUUCCUUUCACACCUGCCCGUUGAGUUGGCGAUUCAAAUAGUGGCAAAUCUCCCAAUGGCAGACAUAGUUCGUGCGGCACGAGUUUCUCGCUUCUGGCGUGACAUAUGUGAAGAUGACCGUAUGUGGCGUUUGAAAUGUGAACGAGAAGGUCUAGAACCGCUACCAGUACCAAGGUAA